ACUUUAAAACCGCCUCAUCCAAGAGAAAAAAAUAAUAACAAAAAGUUUCUUAAUCUGGCAAGGAUUUCCAUUUUUUAUCAGUAGAUGACAUAAUUAUGUAAACAUGGCGUUGUCAUUCCAGGUUCGAGCUUUGUAUGAUUUUGAUGCUCAAGCUGGGACAGGAGAAUUGACUAUUACUGCCAAUGAAAUUUUGACCGUAACGAACCAAGAUGUUGGUGAAGGCUGGUGGGAGGGAGUUAAUAGUAAAGGACUUAAAGGGCUUUUUCCAGCAGGCUAUGUGGAGGUUACUAACAGUCCUCCCCCACCUUCGGUGCCUCCUCCUCCUCCACCAGAAGAUUCUCAUUUGAAUACCUACCCAAAUACAGUCUUACCUGCAAAUGAUGCCGUUGAUGAUUGGGAUGAUGACUGGGAUGAUGAUGAUUCUGUAUAUAGUCAGGAAACUCAAGGUGGUGCCCAAAAUCAAGCUACUAAUGCAUCAAUAGUCAUUUCUAGGGAAUCAAGAGAUUCCUUGAAACCAUCAGAUAAUAGAAGUAUUUUAAAGAAAAGUUUUAAUAGGUUUUCUACUUUUGUUAAAUCUGGAGGUGAGAGCUAUAUUUUAGGUGAAACCAAUCUCACAGUCCCAACUGAACAAUGUGUUACUAUCAUCGAGAAUAAUGGUGAAAUAGUUUGGUUGGAAAGCAUGUCUCCUUACACUGUCAUUGUUGAUUCUCCCAACAAAAAAAGCAAAUUGAAAGGUCUGAAAAGUUUCAUAGCUUAUCAACUAAUUCCUUCUUUUAAUAAUAUAGCUGUUAGUAGAAGAUAUAAGCAUUUUGAUUGGCUGCAUGAAAGAUUGGAAGAAAAGUUUUCUCUCAUACCAAUUCCUCCCCUUCCUGAUAAACAAAUAUCAGGACGAUACGAAAAAGAUUUCAUUGAUCAUCGUAAAAAUCAGCUUCAAAUGUGGGUAAACAGGAUUUGUCGUCAUCCUGUUCUUUCACAGUGCGAAGUAUGGAUGCAUUUUUUGACCUGUACGGAUGAAAAAAGAUGGAAGGUUGGGAAAAGAAAUGCAGAAAAAGAUAAACUAAUUGGAGGACCAUUUUUUCAUGCUAUAUCAACACCAUCCACUCCUUUAGAUAAUUCAAUGGUAGAAAAACAAAUAAAUCAUUUCAAUCUUUGCGUUAUGAAAAUGGAUGAUAGUGUGAAACAAUUAUUUAAUGUAGCUAUUGAACAGCACAAACGAUAUGCUGGGCCUGUUAGAAAAGAAAUACAGCGGAUGGCUGAUGCUUUUAAGGAACUUGGGUUAGCAUUUCAAAUGGAUCCCUCUCCUGUUUCUGAAUAUUUAACUACUGCUAUCAAACACACUGCUGGUGUCUAUGAAGACUUAGGGAAAAUGUAUGAGGAACAGCCAAAAUAUGAUUCUGAACCAAUGGCUGAUGUUCUUCAUGAGUAUAAAGGAAUGCUUGCUGCCUGGCCUGAUGUACUGCAUAUUCAAAAGUCUGCACUGAAUAAAGUGGCAGAACAUAAAAAGAUGUAUGAAGAUGGUAAACUAAGUCAAGACGAAGUUGCAGCUAUUAGUCAAAGAACUGAUGUCAUAUCUUAUGCAACAUUAGCUGAAAUCAACCAUUUUCACCGUGAGAGGGUAGCAUACUUUAAGACUAUGAUGGAGACUUAUCUUACUGCUCAAAUAGAUUUCUAUCAAAGGAUUACUGAGCAACUUCAAUCUACAUUAUCACAAUACCAAAACUCAUAAUCAUUCAGCAAUAAAAUCACAUUGCGGUACAUUACUAUAAGUUGAAGAAAGCUGUAUUUGGACAAUCUACUGUGUUCUUAAAAUGACCGAUUUCUUACGAAGCAGAUGAAUUAAUUGUAGUAUAAAUAGUAAUUUAUUUUUUAUGUGCAGCUUUUGUGAGAUGAAACAAAAAAUGAGCUUAUUUGUGUAUUUGCAUUGUACAUGCCAAAUAAUGCAUGGGUUCUUUAAAUGAAUUAGUUAUUGCAGUUUCAAUAAUAUGUUGUCAUUAAGUUUUACUUUUGUGCCAGUCUUUUUUUUUUUAUAGUUGUCAAAAUUUAUAUAAUAUAUGUGCAUGCUUCAUAUUUUUAAAAUAAUCAAUUUGCAUAUAUUGAAUGGAUUAUCCAUGAGCUGAAUAUUUUUAUUUACAAUUUUAUUUAUUUAAGUGACAUAUGGAGUAAAAAAAAAAUUGCCUUUAUUUUAAAUGUAGUAUUUAUCAUAAAAAUGUCCUGUUUAUUUUGAUUGUGGGAUGACAAUAAUUGAGUUAUAUAAGAAUAAAAAAUUUCAAAAACUAAGUUCCAAAAUUUUAUACAAAUUUUAAAAAUUAUUACAAAUAUUCAAAUUUAGUUCGACACAUUUAAUAUGUGUGCCAUAAAUGGCUAUGAUGUGGUACAGAAGUUUGGCAAAAUUCUGUAAUCUUUUCAUUGCAAUUUUGAGUUUGAAGGUUAUUUCUAUUAACUCUGUUGCAAAUUUCCUUUUGAACUGCAAUCUAGCUGUUAUGCAUCCAUUAAUGGAUCUUGACAAUGAAUAUGUGCUGAGCACUUUCAUAAACAACCAUAAAAAAGUGCACAUGCACAAAUAAAAAUAAUUCCAACAUGCCUUACGUUUUAACUCUCAACAGUUCAAAAGUUAUCAAGGUUUUGUUUUUCUUGUAGCUCAGUAAUUGUCACAUAUCAAAUAAAUUAUUUAUGCUAUAGAUUAUGAGAUGUGAAGUUGAGCUUUCAACCUGUAAUGAUCAUAGCAAAUCUUUCAUUUUAUCUUGCUUGUUACUCAUUUAUGCUUUGCAAUGAUCUUUCACACCUAGCCAAUCAAGCAUAUUCCAAAUAUUGGAAAACAUAGUAAAAAGUUAGAUUAACACUGGCACAGAUAGAUAUGAAAUAAUAAAGCAUUUUAUGUAUAUUUAAAAUUUAUUCUUCAAUAAAAUUAUUUAUGUUGUUGCAUGAAAUGUUGUUCAUUAGAUUUAAAAUUUGAUAAAGAUGCUGUACUAAAUGAAUAUGACCAAAAUGAUAAAAGAAAUGUAUUUUAAACUUUUACAACUUGUAAACUAAAUAUGUGUGAUCAUUCUCUUACAAUGAAUUGUUCAUAAUACCAAUACUGUUUUUGUAUAGCUAUUGUUAAAUUAUUUUUAAAGAAAUUUAUCUUCUGAGAAAUUAGAAAAAGUAUUAUUCAAAUAAAAUAUUUUUAUAUAUCAUGA